CACCGACAGUCAACCCGCAGCCGCGUCCGGAGAGUCCAGAGAGCUGAGCUUCUCCUGGCUUUAAUCUGCCACACGGAUUUAAAAAAGACAAAAAAAAGAUCAAAAACCAGGAAGAAGACAGAAAACUGAGGAGGUAAAAACUUUCCGAGAGCCUGUUUGUCAACGUGUCACUGUGGUCCAAACAUGGCUGAGGUGGUGCAGGCGGCGGCUGUAGCCGACCUCCGCAUGGAAGACGUCGUGGACGAAGCCGAACUCGACAUGAGCGGCGCCGAGAACAAGGAGGACGACGAAGAGGUGACCAACGCCGAGGCCGAGGAGGGAGGCGAGGAGACGUCGCUCGCAGAAGACGUACCAAAGGACGGAGAGGACGACGAGACGCACGUGAACGGAGUCGAGCUCAAAGAAAACGAGAAGAACGAAAGAUCAGAAGCUGUCAACGGAGACGAGGCGAAGGAGGAGGAUCCGCAACCGGAACUGGAUGAAGACCUGAACCUUUCUGAUCUGGCUUUAAAAAAAGAGAAACUGCUGAGGUCCAGGAAGCCGGUGGCCAGGAGCUACGUGCCGAAGACGAACAAGGAGAAGGGCGACGUGUCGGGCAAGUUCGAGGCGAUGCAGAAGGCCAGAGAGGAGCGCAGCCGGCAGAGGAACAAGGACGAGCAGCAGAAGAGGAAGGAGCAGUACAUCAAGGAGAGGGAGUGGAGCCGACGGAAGCAGCAGAUAAAAGAACUGCUCGCCUCCAGCGAUGAGGAGGAGGAGGUGAAGCCGGCCAAGGUGGAAAAGUCCUACGUCCCCAAAAUCACAGGUAGCGUGAAGGGGAAGUUUGCAGAAAUGGAGAAGCAGCGACAGGAAGGGGAGAGGAAGAAGAUGGAGAGCGAGAGGAAGAAGAGGGAGGCCCAGGACAACAUGGAGAAGGCGAAAAUCAAGAAGGAGCUGGCUCAGAAGGCCGCCGAGGAAGGAGACGACACGAUCCUGGUCCGCGUGGUUCCAGCGAAGUCGUCGCGACCUCCGGGCAGGAUCAGGGUGAACUUCGAAGACAUGGAGAAGAACCGAGAGGAGGAGCUGAAGAAGAAGGCCGAGGAGGAGAAGAAGAAGAGAUACGAUGAAAACAGACGCUCCUUCAGGGAGGCCAAGCGGCGCUCGGUGGUCGAACAGGAUGAAGAGGAGAAGCCCUCAGAGAAGGUGCAGAUGACUCCUGGAAAGCUGAAGAUGACGUUCGAGGAGCUGGAGAAGGAAAGACAGGAGCAGAGGAAGAAGCAGGCCGAGGAGGAAGCCAAACGCCGGCUGCUGGAGGAGAAGAAGGCCUUCGAGGAGGCCAGACUGGGGAUGGGGGAGGAUGAGGAAAACGAUCAGCCGGCUCAGGAGGACAAAGAGGAGCUCCGUCCAGGAAAACUGAGGCUGAGCUUCGAGGAGCUGGAGAGACAACGAGUGGAAGAAGUUCGCAAGAAAGCCGAGGAGGAGGCCAAGAGGCGAAUGGAGGAGGAGAGACGAGCCUUCGCUGAAGCCAGGAAAAGCAUGCUCGUAGACGAGGACGACGAGGUGCUGAUGGCUCUGCUCAACCUGGAGGGAAGCAAACCCGGAAAGAUCUGCGCCAGCUUUGAGGAUCUGGAGCGUCAGAGGAGGGAGGAGGAGCAGAAGAAGGCCGAGGAGGAGGCCAAGAGGAGGCUGGAGGAGGAGAAGAGGCUCUUCGCUGAGGCCCGGAAGAGCAUGAGCCCUGGCCUGGAUCAGGAAAAGUCUGCAUAUGGAGAUGAAACAGUGUUCGAUGAGGAAGGAGCGAUGGUGAAGAGCGAGUCCCAGGAGGCGCUGCAUCCCAGAAAGCUGGAGAUGAACUUCGAGGAGCUGCUGAAAGAGAAGCAGGAGACCGAGAGGAGGCGCAAGGCGGAGGAGCGCAAGAAGAAGCUGGAGCAGGAGAAGCAGGAGUUCGAGCAGCUCCGACAGGAGAUGGGCGAGGAUGAGAUAAACGAAAGCUCCGACGUCAUAAGCAAAGAGUACGAAGAGCUGACGAAGCUGAAGAGGACCGGCUCCAUUCAGGCCAAAAACCUCAAGUCCAAGUUCGAGAAGAUCAAGCAGCUGACGGAGGAGGAGAUUCAGAAGAAGAUCGAGAUGGAGAGAGCUCGGAGGAAGGCCGAGGACGAUGAGAUCAAAGAGAGAGAAGCGGAGAGGUUCCAGGAGGAGGAAGAGGGAGGAGAAACGACUCCGGCCAGACCCGAGGAGUCGCCGUUCAAACAGAAGGUGGACAUGAAGGCUCGCUUCCAACAAAUGGCCAAAGCCCGAGAGGAGGAGGAGCGGAGGAGGAUAGAGGAGCAGAAGCUGCAGAGGAUGCAGUUCGAGCAGCAGGAGAUCGAUGCAGCGCUGCAGAAAAAGAAGGACGACGACGUGGAGGACGAGGGCAGCAUCAUCAACGGCUCGGCGGCUUACGAGGACGAGGAGGAUCACGCCCGGUCGGGGGCUCCGUGGUUCAAGAAGCCCCUCAAAAACCAGUCGGUGGUGGAUUCCGAGCCGGUUCGGUUCACCGUCAAGAUCACCGGGGAGCCGAAGCCCGAGGUGACCUGGUGGUUCGAGGGCGAGAUGCUGCAGGACUGUGAGGACUAUCAGUAUAUAGAGAGAGGGGAGACGUACUGCCUCUAUCUGCCCGAGACCUUCCCGGAGGACGAAGGGGAAUACAUGUGCAAAGCCGUGAACAGCAGAGGCACGGCGGCCAGCACCUGCAUCCUCACGAUAGAAACUUAUGACUACUGACGCCCCUCCGUGUUCUGCAGAGUUCCCCUGUUGUCUCUCACUCCUUUUUGUACAACUCUGUCCCUCGUGGUAAUGGUCAAACAGUGGAGGGAAGAAAAUAGCAGUAAGCUUGGCAUUCCUAAGGGAGGGAUACGCGACACGACACGACUCAGAGAAAAAGACAAGAUGUUGUUUACGUAUUGCUCAAGCGUAAAAGCUGCGCUCCUCGUUAGGGUGUAGGAUGAAAACUGUGCCAAAAACAGACCUGAUUCUUGUUCCAGCGCCAACUUCAGACCGUCUUCGCUGCGAGGCCCCAACAACAUUUAUGAUUUCUAUGCAGUAUUGAAGAACUGAACUGUACACGUCUCGCUUUACGGUCCACGAUUGGCAAACGUUAUGCUCGAGUUACAGAAAUGUAAGAUGUAAGAUGUCCUUGUGUACUGUUUAAAAGAAGAGGAGGCAGUUAUAUGAGGGUUAGUUUGUGUGAUUUCAGACAGUGAUGCUGCUGCACCGUCUCAGAUUCUGUUAUUUGGGAUCCAAACCUGAGCUCUGUGAAAUAUUUUAGCUGAAUUUUUUUAUAUUUUCCUCCUCAAAAAAAGCCUGGAAAGCCACUUUAACUGUUUAUAUCUCUUGAAUUAAAAGCCACUAAAUGUGGUGAGGACACAGACAGGAUAGGUUUGAACAGAUUCAGAUGAUUGAAUGAUUCCUGUAGAGGUCACAUUUUGAAAAUCAGCGCUUGAAAAUGAGAAAAAUGUUCAAACUAGGGUUGUGUUGUGGCCCCAGAAAGUUCCUGUAAGGGCAUAUAUAUGGACAUGUCUGUGUUUUCUACUGAAUAUACAAUCUUAGGUUGUAAUUUCACCAACUUUCUAACAUCAAUAUCUGAUGUGUAGCAAGAAUGGCAAGACAGUUUUUUGCUGUUUGGACUCACUGGUCCAAAAACCCAUUAGUCCA